AUGUUUGCGUUACACCUAGUGUCCCGAAGGGAGUGUUUUGUCGGACAUGUGCUUAGGAGUUACCACUCGCAAAAAAGGAUUAGUGACUACCUUACAAAUGGCUACUUUUCGGAAAUUCUUCCAAAUAAGAGUGAAAAAUACUUGUUAGACCUUGAAACGACAGGAAACUUCUCUGUUUAUUCUGGAUUCGAUCCUACAUGUGACAGCCUACAGUUGGGAAACCUUGUGGCUGUUUGUGGUUUGCUUCGUUGUCACUUAUCUGGCAAAGAUAUAGUUGCAGUUGUUGGUGGAUCUACUAGUAUCCUGGGUGAUCCUACUGGCAGAACUAAAAAACGUGAAUACCAAUCCUUGGAACAGUAUGCUUCCAAUUCUAGUCUCAUAGAGCACAAUCUGAAUCAGAUAAUCCAUAAUUACUGGACACAAAUUGUCCCAGCUUUAUCGAUCUCUGGAAAGCUAGGUUCAGUUAAUGUCGUUAACAAUUCCGAUUGGCUGACUCACAAAAGUGUGGUGGACGUUUCGUGCAAAGUUUUGCCGCACUUCAAGUUGUCUGAAUUAUUGGAGAAAGAAAGCGUUAAAAUAAGAAUGGAAAGUGGAAAUACUAUGGAUCUUGGGGAAUUUUUUUAUCCAAUCGUACAAGCAAUAGACUUCCUAUACUUACAUGAAAGGUUUAAUUGUUAUAUGCAGGUUGGUGGGCAUGAUCAGAUCGGCAACAUAACUUGUGGAUUGAACCUCAUCUAUCGCAAACUUGGUCGGCGUGCUUUUGGCUUAACUGUUCCUCUGCUGACUACCCCAGAUGGUCAGAAAUUAGGAAAAUCUGUUCCCAACUCGGAGUGUGGAAUGGAUACUAUAUGGUUAAUGAGUGAAAAACUGAAACCUUACAAUUUCUACCAAAAGAUUUUAAAUUUGCCUGAUAGUAUUAUAUCCGAUAAACUGGUUCGUCAGUUGACCUUCUUUGGACCUGAGGAAAUAGAUCAAUUGUUAACUAACCAUAAAAAGCAUCCUAAUCGUCGUAUAGUUCAAAAGGCUCUGGCAAAAGAACUCACUUUACUAGUUCACGGAGUCUAUGCUUUACAAGCUUCAGAACUUGCAACUCGAAUAUUUUUUCCUAGUUCUGUAAAUUGCCCGAAUGAUAGCCUGCCAGUUGAUAAAACCAGUCUGGAAAUAAUUCAAAAUGAACUGAGUAGUUCAGAACGUAACUAUCUCUUCUCCUGCUUGAAACCAUCUGCACAAUUUCUGCCAGUUAUUUAUCCCAAAGAUUUCACUGAUUCUUUGAAAAGAUCUGGAAAUGAUUAUAGUCAACUUUUAGAAAGUGUUUUAGAUCUAAUUAUGCUGACCUCAAACUUUAAAGAUCGAUCUGAAGCUUUACAAACAUGUUUCAUGAGAGGUGUUGUACUAAAUAAUGUUAACCUUUUAAAGAAGGGCAAUAAAUUUGAAAUGUCACCCGAAAAUAUACAAGCAGCAUUUAGCAGAUUUGAUCAAACCACCGGUUUAGGUAUCCUACGACUAGGUAAAAAUGAACAUUGGUUUGUCGCAACUAAAUCGAAUUUCACUCAAUAG